AUGUCUGGGUUCGCGGCCAUCAACGUCGAACCAGAGGACACGUUCGAAGAAGAGAUCGACGAUACGAGAGAAAUCCAGCUUGAAGAAGCGUUCAAACUCUAUCAGAAUGCGCUGAGGCUCCACGCCCAAGGCCCCGAAUACUUCCAGGAGGCGCUUGAUGCCUAUGCCGAGUUGUUGCGGUCAGAAGUAUUCAAGUACCCCGAGGUUGUUUCAGAGUUCGCCCAUGAAGAACUCGACCAAGAAGGCCCUGCAGCAACCGCCCAGGUCGAUGGUGGACCACUUCCUCUGCUCCCCAGCAAUGCGGCUGAAUCAUCUGCAAGCUCCGUUCCCCAACUCAUCUACCUCGCCUUCAAGAACCGAGGCCAGUUCCUUCUGGAUGUAGCCCGCCAUCGUCUACCAAACAGCAAAGGCACCCGGCCUGAGCUGUGUCAGCAUUAUGCAACGUCCUGCAACGAGAGCAUUCGGGAUUUCGCAAAAGCCCUAGAGCGAGACGAUACCGAUCUUGACUUGUGGAAAAAGGCCGCCCGUGUGGCGGGUGUCUUGUCGACGCAUAGGAUAGUGCGGUUCUGCUUGGAAAGUGUACUUGCUGGGGACGACGAGGAUGCUGAGCAAACAAUCGAUCUGUCAGGCCUCGAUGAGGCCUAUGCUGCCGGGGAGCUCGAAGAGGUCAUUGCUCUCGUCCAAGAUGAUCUAACUCGUCUUCGAAGCUCUGGCACACGGCCGAAGAGCCGGCUGUUGGCCGCCUUGAAGGAGACUAAUGAUCCUUAUCCUUUCCUUCCAAAACGAACAACUUCUCUUGGAUACCUGGACGACAGAUACCGGCCACUAAGUUUUGGAGUUGGCCAGAUUAUUCUCCGACCGACCUCCAAUGAUUUGCUGUCUCUUGGCCAGGCUCUACACAAUUUCAUUCUCGGCGUUCAAGAUGGGUCCAACGCACUUGGAACGGCUACGAGCAUCCAUGUAGAGUUACCAGAUCCACGAGUUCUGAAUCACGACGUGGCAGUGGCGUCGGGUACCGACAAUGGCGCUGGCGCAGAUGGACCAUCCCCACCCAACGCUGUUGCAGAAGAGGAUGAACCACCGCUGUCUCCCACAGCUUCCCGAGUCCAUGUGAAGUCUCCCACGGGAGUAGAACCUGCAUCCGAAAUGAAUAUUGCAGAGCCUGAAAGUGGAAAAGACCAAGAGGCCGAGAAGAGUGAGGAUCUAGAGGGGGAUACAAUUGAGGUGUACCAGCCAGAUGCGCCGACGGCGGAAGCUCCAAUGGUGAACGCGCGGAAGCGCUCUGCAACAGCUGCUGGCAAUGAGGAACCCGAGGGUCGAACUAAAAGCAAGAGAAUACGCGCAAGGGAGUCGUUGGCCGAGAUCGCCGCCCAAGACGACGAUGUAGUACAUGAGGAUCCUCAGAAUUUCGUAGACCAACUAUCGAUGUUUGACGAGGCUGACCAGUCGGUCUUUGAUGCGAUCAACACUCUCCUUCUGGGAGUCGACUUGGGCACGUACCAAUCAGCUAAGGCGAUCCGAGAAGCAUUCUGGCAAGGGUUCAACAAGAUCAGGCACGAAGAGUCAUCCGAAAAUUCCAAGAAAAAUCUGCGGCUCUUGUCGGAUCUCAAAGAUGCUCUGCUAGACUGGUCUGACGAAAAGAGCCAUGCCAUUCUCACUGGACAUGGCAACCAAGACUUUACAGAAAACGCCACAGGGAUGUCGCUCUUUCUUCAACAUUCGAGGGCGACCAGUUCGAAGAUUGUUGAACAGCCGGCGGGCUCCAAUGAGGCAGCCCUUGUCUCAGUUGCCAGACACAUCAAUGGUGGAGCGACGAAUGCCUAUGACGCUGCCUAUCACUGGCUUCUCUCGAUUCUUACCGGUCGUCAAGACUGGACUGCACCUUCUACCUCGUCCUACUUGCGAGAGGUAUGGCCUGAAGAUAUGAAGCAGACCGUGCUACAACUAAUCUUGACUACCGAACCUCAUCUUUAUGAAGCCACGCGCCAACGCUUCUCCUCAUUGACACGUUCGAAGACUCUCCCAGGCAAGGGCAGCAACAUGGGUGUGGCCAUGCAUUUUGAGCUCGCGGAGACUCUCUUCGAAUUGCACCUUGAUCUGCAUUCGGCGAUCACGAGCCCAACCAGCAAUGUCGACGAAACCACCCGUAUUGCGCAGAGCGACCGACUGAUGAGAUGGUCAAGCCUAGCGGACGAUUUCAUGCACCUCUACCUUGAUCGCUCUACACAACCGGCAAUGACGGACCCUCUAAUUUUGAGAUUCAUCUGGGCAUCAACCACCUAUGCGACCCUAGCCGAAGAGGUGGACAAAACGCACGUCGUCCUAUGCCUGGAAGAUUUGAGACGGGUGCUGGAGCGAACCGGCGUCGAUGAAAUCGUUCUCCCCAACAAUGGAGCCAUGCCGGUGAUCUCUGUAUCGGCCAUUAACCAAGAGUUGUCUCGCUUAAAUACGCUGGACUUUUUCACGAGUGUUUUUGAUAGCGACAAUAGCGAUCCUGUGGCUGUAAUCGAGAAGUUGGAGCCUAUUCUUGAAGCUGACGCGAUCCCUAUCGAGGAUGCAGCUCCGUCGCCGUCGGGCGAGCCGGACGUUCUCACACCACAGGCUGAGCAGCUGGUCAGCUUCCUGAGGUCAGGCGAUGCUUCUUUGAAGCUGUUCUUGUGGCGGCGCCUUCAAAACGCAUACACAGCAAUAUCAUACGCUCCGAAGGUUGUUUCUUGCCUCCUACGAGCACUCGAGACGAGUGUCAGUGAACUGUACAAUGCCCGGCAUCUCGAGACCGAUGACAUCCCACGGCAGAUUUCGAUGCUGAAAUGGCUGCGAGAUAUUGAUGAGAUUUUGAUAAGACUGGUCCUCAAGUUCCUCAACGAACCCUCUGCCCUCGAGUGCAUCGACGCAGCGCACCUGCGGUCGUCGUUGAAGGCCAUCACCGCGCUUGACAAGUUGCUUCACGGGUUCGUCAUCUACGACGACUCCGUCCGGAUAGGUCAGACGCCGAGUCCCCAACUCAAGGGCGCGGCUUCAGCCAAGUUGUUCGAUAAGAGCAAAGAUCGAUUCAAAGAGAUUCUAGUCCGGACCCGGAUUUUGCAAUUUACUCUACUCAGGGAAGCCAGCGUACAAGACCCCCCUGCCUAUCCUCAAGUUAGCGACCAUCUGGCAGACUUUUUGAGCAAUGUCCACCACGCCUUUGGGCUGCGGCAGUACUGCAAGUAUGCCAACAAGGCGUUCGUCAAACUGGUCAAGAGUGAACUGGGCAAACUAAAAUCCUUGGAGGAAUGUUCGGGAGAUCUGGCUCAGGUGUUCUUUGAUCUAUAUCAGCUUCGGUUCGCGAGCGGGAUUGGCGAUGUAAACCACGGUUGUCCGACAGAAAACCUCGAUCGAAAGACGGCUUGGUCCUUGGUCCCGACCAUCAUGAGUUACGCUGAACGAUUCAAUAUCAAAGAUCUCAUCAAAAGUGAACUGAAGCUUACGAUCGAGAAGAUCCAACAAGCUUUGGGCGCGGUAAAGAGUACGCCGGCUCUUGCGUACAACAAGCGGAUAAUAUCUGCAUACCUGAAAUCGAUCGUCGUCCCCGAAGAUCUGUACCGGUGUAUCCGUGGUCUUGGUGAUCUUCCAACACGUCCUGUAAAGAGUGACACUCAAGCUGUCGCCAGCAGUGGAUGGUAUUUUCUCCUGGGACACCUGACUCUGGCCAAAUUCAAAUCGGUCAAGCGAGUGAAUCCCUCCCCAACGGACGAGCUGGAUAUCGCUGCCACUUUCUUCCGGCAUGACUUGGAUCACGGCAUAGAAAAAUGGGAGACCUGGUAUCGGCUUGCACAAGUCUACGAGGCCAAGAUUGAAGACGACCUCAUUUGGAAUUCAACCAAACUGAACGAUGCGAGAGGCGACGUCGCUCUGCUUGAACGCCAGGCCAUACACUGUUACAUCAUGUCCACUGCGGUAGCGAUGCGGCUAGCUGACGAGACGCCCGAGACGGCACAAAAGAUCGAAGAUAUGCUUGCAGAGUUUGGUACUCGCCUAUACGCGUCGUCUCGGCCUCCGUUGAACAUGGAGGCCUUCAGAACUGACAAACAGCAGCGGCAUAUGAGCAGCCUCGUUGAUCAGACCAUGUCUAAACAACCUUACCACAAGGCUGUCGGCCAGUAUGCGCUGUGGCGUCUCGCUGCUUAUCUUCUAAGCCGGAAACUCACCGAUCGCCCGAAACAUUGGAUGGUACACUACACGCGUGCGAAAUGUCUUUGGAAGAUGUUUCAGAGCCCUGACAACAACGGCCGCGUCUCGGCCGAAGACGUGCUUGACGCCCUUGCCGAGUCUAUCGAUGCAUUGCCCAAGAAAGAGAAGUCAAACGAGCCCAUCCUCGAGCCGCACUACAAACUCGUCUCAAUCGUCUACAAAAUGGUUCGAGCCAAGGCCCUCACCUACAGACAAGCUGAAGAAUGGAUGCAAGUAACUCGUUAUGCCCAGAAUAUUCCUCUGCCCGAUGAAGAUGAAUGGAUCCCUUACGUCCUCGGGAUCUUGAAGAAACUCGGGACCGCCGACAAGUCCAACUGGCACCAUAGGAUUCCGGCCCGGGCAGCCCAUGUGUUGUACGAUGACGACUCUUCUGCGGCCGGCGCUCUUGGAGCUAGGCACCAGUUCACUCAACAGAUCUUCACCAAGACCAUGACCAUCCAGGUGUGGAAGCCGGAGCACGAACGGCCGGGCCGCCACUACGUCUACACCGGCAGAUAUGUCACAUUCUUCGUCCACCUGCUCGAACAGCUGAGCGAUCGAGCCAACAUGGACCAGCUAGUGCGCCGGAUUCGCAGGAAGACCACCGAUUUCCUCGACCACAGUAGAUUGUGGGAAGAAGUGGUCACAUCUUACGUGCGGCUCAUGCGGCGGAUCGGGAACAUAGCAGAUGGCCGUGAACGAGCCCUUUUCGAUGGGAUGAACUUUGAAGAGUUUACCAAAAAGUCGGAGAAGCUGGAGCGAUGGGCCCGAGAUCCCGACACUUCGUCAGUGUUUCUGGACAUCAUGCGCGACGCCAUCGAUCUGAAACGUCUGAACAACAGCUUAAUGAAGGGCCCGUUGAUCGACGAUCUCAUCGGCGAUUCCUACGCUUGCCUGUACGAAGAGUUUGUGGCGCAGCUGCCUCCAGAAGAACAGCCGAAGCCACAGCCAGCGUUGUUUCCCCAAGGCACUUUCAUCAACAUGACAACCGACCUCGCAGGAGACAACGGGGAUUCGGAGCGUGCUCGUCUGAACGACAUGUUGCGAGCGCAAGGGGAUGGUGCUGCGGAUGGGCCCCUGGCCGUCUCGAUUUCCGCGCCGGUGGGUCUGGGCCUACAGACAUCUUCGUCGUUCAUGGGCAUGGUUGGGCAAGCCGAAGUCCAUCGGACCACGGGAAAACCUGGACGUACCAAGACAGUCACCAGACGCGAGAUCCAACGCAAGGCUGAAGCAGCAAUCGUCAAACCACCGCCGAUUAAGACUCCGAUCCUGAGCAAGAGACUGGUGGUGGAGAUCCCUACCAGGGACACGAGCUCACCAAUCGAUAAGCGGCUCGCCGAUACGAAAGACGAGGAUCCUGAGGGGAGCCGGGCUAGUUCUAGAAGAGGCAGUAUUCACGACAGCGCGGAUGGCGAAGAGGACUCCGGUAGCGAACUCAGUGAUCUUGAAGACCUGGACGAUAAAAAACAGCUCCUCUCUGAACUUGAACAUGCCGGGGAACAAGCCGACGAUGCCGCAGAGAACCACGGCGGUGACGAGGGCGACAAUGGUGACGGUGACGGUGACGGUGACGAUGCCGAUGAUGCUGUGGAAGAUGAGGCCAAUGACGUGUACGACGAAGCCGGCGAGGAGGGCGAGGUGGGAGAAGAAGGCCCCGACGAAGAGAAGAGUGAUGUGGAAGAUGACGAGAUGGUGGAUGCAGGAGAGGAAAUCGAGAUCCAGGAUUCCCAGGAGAAUGUCGAGGUCGAGGCCAAGGAGAGUGCGGGCGAGGGAGAAGAGCAGACGUUCCACGAGGCGCGGGAAGAGACCAUCGGCGAUGGCUAG